AUGCGAAAGGGUUCCAAUUCGGACCUCGUGGCAGCCCUUCAGAAGGACAUAGAGGAAGCGUCCAAAGACAAAGAGGAAGCGUCCAAAGCCGUAGACUUUGCCCGGAAGACACUGGAAUUUGAGCGAGAACAGGCAAGGCAGUCCGAGGUUCUCACGCCAGACAAGGCAUGUCAGCAGAUUGAGCUAGGCAUCGCAGAGGGCAAGAUUUCCUCGCCAAAGCCAUCAGAGACCCCAGAGAUUGUCAAAGACUCCCGCACGAAUGAAAUCAAAAUCAUGCAGAACUACAUCCGCGAUUCCAUCGAGGGCAAGAACAGAAACAUCGCCGAUAGCAAGUUUCCGAUCCUCGGCACGUCGGGCAUGAAGGGCAUCGGCAAAACGACGAUGCUCAAAUACGGACUCAGCAAGGUGUUGCCAGACCUGAAGAUGUCGGCGAAGGGCGCAUACCUCACCUUCAAUGGUGGGAGUGCGGAAAGUGCGAACGUGUUCGUUGAAUCGCAGACACAGCACAACUCUCCUCUUCGUAGUGUUGGGCAUGUUCUCAUGGCAAACGUCAAGGUGGAAGCCCAGCAGUAUUCCCUUCUGGACUUUGAGCAAUGCCUGAACCUCUUUCGCAAGGCGCUCGACAUGUCUGAGGGGGAGUCGUUGGUGCUCUUCAUCGACGAGAUCGGCGAGUUGAAGAAGCAGGCUGACGAUGUUUUGAAAUCCUUGAUAUCUACAGCAGAUGCUCGUGGAGGCAAGUUGGUUUUCGUCUUUGCCCACAUCAGUCAGCAGUUUUUGGACCACGCGGCAACUGGAAGCGGUCGGAAAGUCUUGUCAUUGCCGCUCGAGGCUUUGCCCAUCGACACUUGGAAGCAGAAGAAUGACUGGAAGGACUGGGCUGGAAAGAGUUGCAGGACUCCGCUGGGAUUCCAUCUGCAACAGGCUUACGCCGCUGACGCACUGCUUGGUUCUGACACCGAGAAGAAGAUGGAGCCAUUGAUGUAUCACUACGAAGCCUUGUUGAGGAAGGCAUCGGAAGGGAAGACCUUUACACAGUUCUACAAAAGCGAGCAUGUCAGUCCCAAAUUGGUGGGUUUGGAGGUGAAGGCAAAAGUCCCUGCGCAAGAGAGACUGGUUGAGUUUGUCAAGGACUUCUCCGAGCAAGCGAGAGUGCUGGAGUUGCUUCAAACUGGUUUCAUCGUGGUCUCAGAAUUCCACAAUGAGCAUGCCCUCGAGUACUUGUCGCCAUUCCAAGAUGCUUCCGCUGACAGUGUUUUGAUUGUCGCGUGUGUGCAGUGCAAGUUCGUCCAGUCCACUGUGAAAUGGUCUGACAUCCAGACGAAGAUGGCAGAUGCAACCAAGUGGUUGAAGCAGAAGAAGAUCAAGUGCGUCCCUGUGAUCAGGAAACUUAUGCGGGGGGCAUCUAUUUCAAUGACACGGACAUGUUUGAGUUCACGAAGAGGCUUGGAGUGUUACGACUUCACACACAGAAGCUGGGCAAGCACAUGGAACAGAAACACAAGUGGUUGAGCAGGGCUUCCAGCAACCCCGAUCUAUGAUGUGCAACAGUGUUUCACCCUCAUGUACAGACGGCGGUGCCAGCAAAAGUGCACCUUCAAAGACCUACCUCAACAC